CAACGCACUCCCAGCCACAGUCGCACGCAGCGAGGCGGGCACUACACAGCACUCUCCCCGUCGCUGCCCCAGCGGACCCGUCUGCCCGCGCGCCGGCCGUGCGCUCCGGGUGUUCGCCCGACAGCCCCACCGACAGGCAGUCCGACCCCGUCCCGACCCCGCCCGCCCUCCGGACCCUGGCCGCUCCGAUUGGAGACCAGAGGUGAGCGCUUGGAAGUCGACAAAAUGAUGCUUCAACACCCAGGCCAGGUCUCUGCCUCGGAAGUCAGUGCCUCUGCCAUCGUCCCCUGCCUGUCCCCUCCUGGGUCACUGGUGUUUGAGGAUUUUGCUAACCUGACACCCUUUGUCAAGGAAGAGCUGAGGUUUGCCAUCCAGAACAAGCACCUCUGCCACCGGAUGUCCUCUGCACUGGAGUCGGUCACUGUCAGCAGCAGACCCUUUGAGAUGGCAGUCACGAAAGCCCAGGUAGCCCCUGAAGAAGAUGAAAGGAAAAAGAGGCGACGGGAAAGAAAUAAGAUUGCAGCCGCCAAGUGCCGAAACAAGAAGAAGGAGAAGACAGAGUGUCUGCAGAAAGAGUCGGAGAAACUGGAGAGUGUAAAUGCUGAACUGAAGGCCCAAAUUGAGGAGCUCAAGAAUGAGAAGCAGCAUUUGAUAUACAUGCUCAACCUCCAUCGGCCCACGUGUAUUGUCCGGGCUCAAAAUGGGCGGACUCCAGAAGAUGAGAGAAACCUUUUUAUCCAACAGAUAAAAGAAGGAACGUUGCAGAGCUAAGCAGUUGUGGUUAUGGGGGCAACUGGGGACUCCUCAUUGCAUCCUCCUUUUACAUCCAAACCCCUGCAGCCAUUGAGAUCUGACUUCCUCUCAAAUCCCAGCAGCAAAGAACUGUGGAGGCAGGAUGGCUCGGUGACUCAGCUGGGCCUCUCCACUCUGCCCCAGAGCGGACUUCGGACCAGAGCAAGGGCAUUUUUUGCCUCAACUCCAGGAUUUA